AUGUACCUAUACGGAGUUCAGGAAGUGUGGUGUAGACCAGCCAUGUCGAGUCUAGCAUCGGUAGGGUUAGAGCCGAGCGAUAAGAAGACGCCGGUGAACAAGUGGGAGCUGUACGGGUGGUACUCGUACAAUGUUGCCGUCAAUGCCUUCAGCUCUGUCGCCAUGCCCAUCUUCUUCCCGCUCCUGCUGCUCCUGCUCGCCGAAGCACACGCGUGGCUACAGGCUGGGGACUCGAAGCCGCCCAACUGCAGCGACUCCGUGUCGGUCAACUGCGUCAAAUGCAUUCCGGGACGCGGCGACCAGCUCGUCACCGAUGCAGGGUACCAGGACCUGAUUCUGCCCAUGGUGCAUGCGGGCCCGCUGGCCGUGAACCCCGUGUCGUACGCCACCAUCAUCAUCGGCAUCGCUGUCAUCUGCCAAGUGCUCGCGCUCAUCUCCUUUGGCCCUUUCACGGACUUCGGCACUGGCCGCAUGGACCUGCUCAAGGUGGGAACGCUGAUCGGCGUGGUCCCCUCCAUUGUGAUCGGUGUGUUGGGCGACAGCUCCUACUGGUGGUUCGCUGGCCUGCUCGUCAUCAUUGCCAACGUCGGCUACGGCCUCUGCACCGUCAGCUACAACAGCUACCUGCCUGUGCUGGUGGAUGCCACGCCAGCAGUGAUGCAUGCUGAGGUGUCAGGCGACAAGGAGAAGAUUGCGUCCAUCCGGGAGCAGGUUGAGAACCGCAUAUCUCUCAUCGGCCUGGCAGCAGGCUGUCUAGCAGACGUGGUGGCGACCCUAGCCGCCUUUGUCAUCACGCUCGCCGCCACCACCGACCUGCUCAAGAUGCGCCUCGCGGGAGCCUUCUGCGGCUUCUGGUGGCUCGUCUUCUCCGUCUUCACCUUCCUCUGGCUCCGCACCCGCCCGGGCCCGCCGCCGCCCGCCUCCGCCACCGCGGGAGGCAACGCCGCCCUGACCAUCGUCGCCAGCUGGCGGCACAUGGGCGCGCUGGUGUCCGAGGCGCGGCGGUACCGCAACGCGUUUGUCUUCAUGCUGUGUUACUUUAUCUACGCGGACGGUUUCUCCACUGUGAUUCAAGUCGGGGUGCUGUUUGGGCAGCAUGACCUCUGUGUGGAACCAGCAAUGCUCGCAGUCAUUGCCACCUCGGUCUCCUUCUGGGCCGCACUCGGGAUGCCGUUGGCUUACCACCUGCAGAAGCGGCUCGCAUGGAACAACAAGACGAUGGUCGUAGCGCUGCUGACAGCCAUGCUGCCAUUGCCGCUGUGGGGCUUGCUAGGGUAUUUCACCCCGGACGGCGGGCUCGGGCUGAAGGCGUCGUGGGAGCUGUUUGCGUAUUCGGGGUGGUUUGGGUUCUGCCUGGGCCCGCUGAUCUCGUACUCGCGCACGCUGUUUGUGGAUCUCAUUCCCAAGGGCCGUGAGGGCGCCUUCUUCUCGCUCUAUGCCAUCAGCGACAAAGGCAGCUCGUGGCUCGGGCCCUUCGUAGUGGCGGCUAUUGCUCAGUUCACGGGGAAGAUCCGGCCCGCCUUUGUGUACAUCUUCAUCGUGAUGCUCGUGCCAAUCUUCUUCCUCAACACAUACCUGGAUUACUCGCAAGGACUCAAGGAGUCAGGCCGGCACGACGGGCAUGGGCAGCAGCCUAGCGCAGAGGAUGCGGUUGAGCUUGGGGAGGAAGAGCGUGUUCCUCUCACCCAGCUGGAUGUGUACAUUUACGACUACCUGUGCAAGCGAGGCCUACCGAAAUCCGCUGAGACGUUUCUCGCCGAGGCGAAAGUCUCGUCAGACCCCGUCGCCAUAAAUGCUCCUGGGGGUUUCCUUUUCGAGUGGUGGUCGGUCUUCUGGGACAUAUUUAUCGCACGGACAAAUGAAAAGCAUUCUGAAGUCGCGGCUUCCUAUAUCGAGACUCAGCAGAUCAAAGCGAGGGAGCUGCAGCGGCAGCAGAGGGCCCAGCAGAGGCAGCAGCUGAAGCAAGAGCUGGGCGGUGGUGCCAUCCAGCAAUCCCCUCACCAGGCAACCCAGCAGGCCGUGACCCCGCAACAAUUGAACCAGCAGCCGCAGCAGCAGCAGGGGAGAGAGGAUCCAAUGCAGCAGGAUGAUCAGCAACUGCCCCAGUCUGUGGUUCCGGGAAUGCAGCAGCAACAGCAGCAAGCUCAGAGCCUUCACCAGCAGCAGCAGCAGCAGCAGCAGCAGUCGCAGAUGCAGCCCCCCUCCCAGCAGCCGCAGCAGCAGGCAGCGUCGCAUCCAACCCCCCCGCCACCGCCACCACAACCCGCAGCUUCUUCUCAGCAACAGCAGCAGCAGCAGCAGCAGCAGCUGCAACUACAGCAGCUGCAAAUGCAGCUGCAGCAGCGGCAGCUGCAGCAGCAGCGGAGGGAGGCGGGGCAGCUGGCGGGGCUGGGGGGGAACGGAGCAGCGAACGGCGUGGCGGGAGGGGUGGCGGGGGAGGCGGGGUUGAGGCAGGCGGCGAGUGGCGUGCUGGCGAGCCGGCUGUAUGAGGAGCGGCUGAAGCAGGCGCAGCUGGCCAGGGCGGAGAGUGGGGCGAGCAUGGACGAGGCGGCUCUCAGGGUCUUGAAGCAGGCGCAGCUGGCCAGGGCGGAGAGCGGGGCGAGCAUGGACGAGGCUGCUCUCAGGUGUUCCAGCGCCCUCAUUCACCACUCGCGUGCACCCCUCACGUGCCCUGUCCUUCUUCCUCUAUCUGCCCCUUACGUCUGA